GGGCCAACCAAUGGAGAGCUGGGGGUGUGUGUGUGUCUUUCCAUAUAUAUAUAUAGUCAUAGGGCUGGGCCAGCUCAGGUGUGUUUGUGUCUGUGAGUGUGGGUGGCCCCCAUACCUGGCCAAGCCCACUCCUUCUACCUGGGCCCUCCGUCUUCACCAUGUGUACCCCUCUCAUCUGCCCUGGAACCUGGACAACCACGCCCAGCUGCCCCCGAGAGCUCUAGGAAGCUGAUCACUAACUUUGCAGACGGAUGAGCCCUGAGCAGCCAGAGGAGACCGGGCUCUCAACGCUGCCCCCUGUCCUGCCCUACCGGCUUGGAUCCCUUGACAGGAUCCUCCUAGGCGCCAGACUGGAUCCCUGACCAUGGAACCCUGAAGUGGCCCGGAUUUCCAGAGCUCAGUGGCAGACCCUACCCCACCCCCAGGCCCCUCCUGCCCCUCCCACAGCCGGUCCCGCUCCGAGAGGGAGGGGUGGGGAGGGCAUCCCGGUCUCGCCGGGCAAGGCGCUUCCAACAUGAUGCUCAACUCCGACACCAUGGAGCUGGACCUGCCUCCCACCCACUCCGAGACCGAGUCGGGCUUCAGCGACUGUGGGGGCGGGGCGGGCCCCGACGGCGCCGUGCCCGGGGGUCCCGGAGGCGGCCUGGCCCGGGGCUCGGAGCCGGGGGAGCCGGGCCGGAAAGACCUACAGCAUCUGAGCCGAGAGGAGCGGCGGCGGCGGCGCAGGGCCACCGCCAAGUACCGCACGGCGCACGCCACGCGCGAGCGCAUCCGCGUGGAGGCCUUCAACCUGGCCUUCGCCGAGCUGCGCAAACUGCUGCCCACGCUGCCCCCAGACAAGAAGCUCUCCAAGAUCGAGAUCCUGCGCCUGGCCAUCUGCUACAUUUCCUACCUGAACCACGUGCUGGACGUCUGAAGCCAGGCGUCUCCGCCGCCCUUGCUGCGGUCGCUAUGCUUAGCUUUCUUGAGCUGCCGCCUCUUCUACCCCCGUGUCCACGUUUUCAGAGACCCCAGCCCCCGACCCUGUCCCGUCUUGUCCCUUCUCUCUCCCAUGGGG